AUGAUUCAACAGCCGGACGACGAACUUGAUGAAGAAUUUUUCUUCCUAUUGAAAGGCAAUCGUGGUAGCUCGGAUCAACACGUUGAAGAGAUGCUGGAACUGGUGACCGUGGCCAACAUCCAGAAUCUCAAGGUAGUCCUUAAACUGUCUCAGGUUCUCAACCGCCAGCUCUUGCCAGCUGUCAUCCAAGUCUUUGAAAGUUUGGAAGUCGUGUCGAAUGAUUCUUCUUCUCUCCCAAAAUGGAAGAUUCUACGAGUUCAACAUAUGGAAGGAUGGCGCAGUGGCGAGUUUGAUAUUUCCCAACUGAGGCAAGCAUUGGACAUUGCCAAUCGGGCAAGCCUGUUUGAAAUCAUUGAUUUAGACAUCUCGAGUCAUAACGAUUCAGAACCACCAAGGACUACAGGCAUUUCUCAUUUGCUACCAUCCAUCGAACGAAACCAACGACUACGAUCAUUGACCAUGGGAGGAAAUCAAAGCUUGUCGACUGGAGACUUGAAAUCCUUGAACAGGUUGUUGAACCAACCCUCGUGCAAUCUAGAUUGCUUGAAACUUUAUUGUCGUAAUUUGGAGCAUCCUCUUCUUUGCGAAGGACUGACAUCGAAUACCAGUCUUUCAACUCUUGAUUUGUGCUUGGACAGUUUUUCUUGCAGGGAAGACGAGUCUGUUGCCAGCCUUUUCAAAUCCUUGGAGCACCAUCCAAAGUUGGAAACCUUGAAAGUGAGAUGUGAACUUACUUUGGAUCUAUCCGAUGCCAUUAGAUCACUACUCUCGAGUACGACUGUUUUGAAAAACUUCGAAUUGAAUUCCUUCCACGGAAAGCCGACUCUAAAUAUCGACGACAUCCUGGAAGGCUUGGCCAACAACAAGUCGCUUGAGACUUUGAUAAUACGAAACCCAUUGUCUAGUCCUCGGCCUUUGACCAACUUAUUGCGCACUUGGAAAUCGCAUCCUAAACUCAGUGAGGUAAGCUUAUCCCAAAAAAUCACCGAGGAAGACAUUGUGGAAGCACAGGCUGAGGGAGCCGUGGCCCAACGAGUUGUUGGACGGAUGGUGACUGCUAGCUUCGUUGUAGUCGAUGGUCUGCAAAAAGAACGACAAGAGACACUCCUUCGAGGAUUUCUUUUCAAACAUCCCGAGGUUCGCUAUUAUCAAGCUUGUCAUUCCUCAGACGUGGCAAUAAGUGUACAGCACGCUUCUUGGUGGAAUGCAUCUGGACGGUACUUGAUGCAUCGUUCCGAUGUCCCACUGGGGCUUUGGCCAUUGGUAUUGGAAAAGGUGGAACAAGCACAUCCACUGUCUGGUGAUUAUGAUCGCUUUCGUCACCAGAUUGUGUACGAUUUUUUGUAUGGCGAAGCUCUUGUCAACAGAUCGUAA